GCGGGACUCUGUCACGGGAGCUCUCCUCAGCCCAGGCACUCGCGCUCCCCUUCUCCCAGGCCAUUCCUACAUGCUGCAUUUCCCCACACAGCACCGUCCAGACAGCACCCGACUGCGCCAUAGUGUUCCCCCCCAGACAGCCCUGGACCAGCUUCCCCACGCGCCGAGCACUCUGAGCAGCUCGGUCGGCACGUCGCUGCAACUUCUGGCCGCCGCUUCCUCGGAUCUCUCCUCUCUGACCGUGGCCCAUCCCCGUUCCCCGUUCCUGUCCCCGGACGCCCCGUGCCUCGUCGCCAGCUAUUAAUUCUUUCCCACCAUCCCCUUCUCCUCACCAUCGUCCGUGGUCCCUCCUGCUCUCUUCCCCUUCUCCUCAUCAUCCUCUCCCCCAGUCUCACACAUUGCCACACAUCACCAUGGCAGACUUACUACGCUACGACGACCAGGUUGUCGUCGUCACUGGUGCCGGCGGCGGCCUCGGCAAGGCUUAUGCCCUUUUCUUCGCCUCCAGGGGAGCCAAGAUUGUCGUCAACGACCUCGGCGGCUCUUUCAAGGGCGAGGGUGGCGGCUCAAAGGCUGCCGAUGUGGUUGUCCAAGAGAUCAAGGCCGCUGGCGGCGAGGCUGUUGCCAACUACGACAGUGUCGAAAACGGCGACAAGAUUAUCGAGACCGCCAUCAAGGCCUUUGGCCGUAUUGACAUCCUCAUCAACAACGCCGGCAUCCUCCGUGACAUCAGCUUCAAGAACAUGACCGACAAGGACUGGGACCUCAUCAUGGCCGUCCACGUCACCGGCGCCUACAGGACCACGCGUGCCGCCUGGCCUCACUUCCGCAAGCAAAAGUUUGGUCGUGUCAUCAACACUGCCUCUGCUGCUGGUCUCUUCGGCAGCUUCGGCCAGGCCAACUACUCUGCCGCCAAGCUCGCCCUGGUCGGUUUCACCGAAGUUCUUGCCAAGGAGGGCGCCAAGUACAACAUCGUUUGCAACGUCAUUGCUCCUCUCGCUGCUAGCCGCAUGACUGAGACGGUCAUGCCUCCCGAGGUUCUCGAGCAGCUCAAGCCGCAGUGGGUUGUGCCCCUUGUCGCUGUCCUUACCCACAAGAGCAACAACCACGAGAAUGGCAGCAUUUUCGAGGUUGGUGGCGGUCACGUCGCCAAGAUCCGGUGGGAGCGUUCCGAGGGGCUGCUGCUCAAGGCCGAUGAGUCCUACACUCCCGGCGCUGUUCUGAAGCAGUGGAACAAGGUCACCGACUUCAGCAACCCCAGCUACCCUGAUGGCCCCAAUGACUUUCUCGGCCUUCUUGAGAAGUCGAUGAAGCUCGGUCCCAGCGAGCAGGGUGAGAACCCCGAUUUCACGGGCAAGGUUGUGCUCAUCACUGGCGCUGGUGCUGGUAUUGGCCGUGCCUACGCCCACGCCUUUGCUAAGGCUGGUGCCUCCAUCGCGGUCAACGACCUGGUCAACCCUGACGAUGUUGUCAACGAGAUCAAGAAGGCCGGCGGCAAGGCCGUCGGUAUCAAGGCCUCCUCUGAGGAGGGCGAGAAGGUCGUCCAGGCCGUCAUUGAUGCCUUCGGUCGCAUUGAUAUUGUCAUCAACAACGCUGGCAUCCUUCGUGAUAAGGCCUUCACCAACAUGACCGACGAGCUGUGGUUCCCUGUCAUGAACGUUCACCUUCGCAGCACAUACAAGAUCACCAAGGCCGCGUGGCCUCACCUUGUCAAGCAGAAGUACGGCCGCAUCAUCAACACCACAUCCACCAGUGGUGUCUAUGGCAACUAUGGCCAGGCCAACUAUGCCGCCGCGAAAUGCGGUAUCCUCGGUAUUUCCCGGACACUUGCCCUCGAGGGUGCCAAGAACAACAUCUACGUCAACACCAUCGCUCCCAACGCUGGUACCCAGAUGACCGCGACCAUCAUGCCCCCGGAGAUGGUUCAAGCUUUCAAGCCGGAGUACAUUGCUCCUCUGGUCCUCGCGUUGGCCAGCGACAAGCUCCCCAACCCUACCGGUGGUCUUUACGAGGUUGGCAGCGGCUGGAUUGGUCAGACCAGAUGGCAGCGGACGGGCGGUGCUGGCUUCCCCAUUGAUGUGGAGCUUACACCUGAGGCCGUCGUCAAGGCUUGGCCCAAGAUUGUCACCUUCGACGAGCGCGCUGACAACCCGUCCAAGGCGCAAGACGCCAUGGCCAAGGUCUUUGCCAACAUCCAGGCUCAGACCGAGGCCAAGGCUGGCAAGAAGGCCGUCAAGGCUAAGCAGCCAAAGCCUGUAGAGAAUGCGCAACAGUACCUCGACGCGAUCGCGAAAGCGAAGACCGCCAAGCCAAAGCCGACUCAGUUCGACUACACCGAUCGUGACAGCAUGCUGUACAACCUGGGCAUCGGUGCUAAGCGUGAUGAGGUUCAGUACAUCUUUGAGGGUGCCGAGAAUUUCCAAGUCUUGCCCACAUUCGGUGUCAUCCCCCAGUUUGGUGCUGAGAUGCCCUUCUCGUUCUCUGAUGUUGUGCCAAACUUCAACCCCAUGAUGCUGCUGCACGGUGAGCAGUACUUGGAGAUCAAGAAGUUCCCUAUCCCCACUUCGGCCAAGACGAGCAACCACGGCAAGCUCAUCGAGGUUGUCGACAAGGGCAACGCUGCCAUUCUCAAGAGCGGUGUCACCACUGUCAACUCCGAGACUGGCGAGGAGCUCUUCUACAACGAGAGCACUGUCUUCCUGCGCGGAUCUGGUGGCUUCGGCGGCCCUGCCAAGCCUCAGGACCGGGGGGCUGCCACGGCCCCUAACACUCCCCCCAAGCGUGCUCCCGAUGUUGUUGUUGAGAGCAAAACAACCGAGGAGCAGGCUGCUAUCUACCGCCUAAGCGGUGACUACAAUCCCCUCCACGUCGACUUCAACUUUGCCAAGAUGGGUGGUUUCAAGGUGCCCAUCCUGCACGGCCUGUGCUUCAUGGGCAUUGCUUCCAAGGCCGUGUACGAGCGGUUCGGCGCCUUCAAGAACGUCAAGGUCCGCUUUGCAGGCUCUGUAUUCCCGGGCCAGACCCUGGUCACCGAGAUGUGGAAGGAGGGCAACAAGAUCAUCUUCCAGGCCAAGGUCAAGGAGACUGGCAAGCUUGCCAUUUCUGGUGCUGCGGCCGAGCUCGUUGAUGGCAAGACCAAGUUGUAGAUGUUGGAGCUGUGAAUCCUUCUCGCGCACGAAAAGCGGACGGACACUUGAGUUCGGUUGAAUCGAUACCCAUGCGGAGGGGAAUGGUUAUUUUUCAUUCUUUUGCUUGUACUAUGUAGAUGACACCUGCUAGCCUUGGAUUAAUUUCAGUGAUCUUUGAUUUUUCAA